CGAGCAAAAAUUGCGACGCACCAGCACCAGCUUUAGAACCCGAGGACCAACAGCUAAAUCGGUACAAUCCAGCUUCGAAUGCAUUGAACUUCAACACCGACAGGAUGAGUGCAUUCGCUGAGCAGCAUCUCCUUGUCACGGAUAAUGGUCAACAAAGCUCGCAGCCAGGAAAGGCACCAUCUCCGGUACUAGUAUCGGGGGAUGCUUCCUCUCCAGCGCCCGCGUCUGGGAAUUCGCCUGUUCUUACGACGCACUAUCGAACGCCUGCCAGAAGAAGUUUGGAUAGCGCAAGUACGGCCGGCGUGACCGCCACGAAGAUGUUGGCCCGCGAACAUCAACUGGAGUUGACAUUGCACUACAACCGGGACGUCGAAUGUGAUGCAGCACCAAGAACUGGUGAUUGUGAAGAUAUGCAACCACCGCAGCCAACAAGCCCGACCACGUCUAGUUCUGUUACAACAUCAAACAGAGCGGUUGCUGGAUUUUUGUCGCAGCACGACCUCCUGCACAAUAAAGAGGAAGCUAGUUGUGCAGCUGGCAAGAACAACUACCAAGAUGUUGACCAUCAUCUGGACGACGGUGUGCUGAGUCCUUUCGGAAGAGGUAAUUUUCAAGCUGGUGGAGGUGCCAACAUCAAGAGCGAAACCUCCUCGUCCGCGGCGCGACCUGAGGCAGCAUCUUCCCCCUUGUCGGUUCUCAUGCCCGACCGGCGACUAUACAAGGGUCGUCGUGUAGAGGCAGAACAUGAUGUUUCUGACGACGCCUCGAGUUGUACAACAGCCGCGGCACUGCAAAUGAUGUCAACGUUAAGCCUCGCGACGACGGCCACGAGCCGCGGUAGUUGCGCGGACGCAACCAGUCCUGGAGGAUGCUCACCAUCCGUGAAGUCGGAGGCUCUUAGUACGGCAGCAAACUUUCGCCUGGUGUCAAAGUCCUCCUCCGCCAGUCGGGCGAUGGACAGUGUGGCGGAAGGCGAGCCGUGGUAUGAAAACAACAGCGGCGAAGAUCAAACUGCCGACAAAUGGCCUGGUUCCGGGGGUGAUGGAAGUACAAGUAGAGCUGCUCCUCGUGAUUCAGCUUGUGUAGAAGGUGAUGCAGAACGCUUGUGCUGCAAUUGUAGAGAUGCUUUUCAGGGCGCUGGUACAGGAUGCAAGAACUCCGCGGCCCACGCUGCGGCGGCUUCAAGCAGUAGCCUUGCCGAGCUGGAAGCCACGUCAAGCUCUAGUUGUAGUACCUCGCGCCUUUCAUCUUCAACGUCCUCAGCCGACAAACCCUCUACGCUGUCGUCUUCCGGAAGUAGAUCAGGGUCUUCCCCGGGUUCGUCUAUGAGCACUUCUGGGGAGGAUCCAAUCACCCCUAGUUCGGUCAGGGCCGAAGCGGGAGUCGUGUCGGUUCAAGUCGGGCCGCAAAGUAGUACUAUCCAGUGUAGAAGUAAAUCCGGUACUCGUACUCAUCAUCGCAGUCAUUUGCAAGUAGACAAAUCUCCUUUUCUAGAUAACGCAGCAUGACAAACAAGGCCCACCCGAGCGUGGGGACAGGGUCCCCACGCUGGGGCCUUGUGCCCGUCCCUAGUGGCGCUAGUGGGGGAAGGGUGUUCGGCAUCGGGGCGGACAGCGUCCGCCCCUCGCCUCACACCAGGCGCGCGCAUGGUGGCUCAGUGCGCGAAGCACUAGUGGGGGAAGGGUGUUCGGCAUCGGGGCGGACAGCGUCCGCCCCUCGCCUCACACCAGGCGCGCGCAUAGUGGCUUAGUGCGCGAGUCACUAGUGGGGGAAGGCAGGGCGUUCACCCGUCGCGGUCACCUGUCAAGGUCACCUGUCGAGGUCACCUGUCGAGGUCACCUGUCGCGGCCACCUGUCGAGGUCGCCUGUCAAGGUCACCUGUCGCCAGGGGUAUGCGUUACCAGAACCCGGAAGUCAAGCAAUGUAAAUAUUAACUCCAUGUGUCAUCCUGAGCUAUAAUUUGUGUUGCAAUUAUUUUACUACAAGUAUCGGAUACUGUUUCGCAACUUAUACAAAAUUCACGGCAGCAGCGCGGCGUCGAAAGCCUGCAGGGGUUGCACAACAACAAACUACUCCUGCAGUUCAACAGCCCCGGUUUUAGUACGUAUGGAUCUUCAUCAGGGGCCGUCGAGGCACUGAGCUGCAGCCCCGGCUGUAGUUCUGCCUCAGACGCAAAGAACCCAGCAAGUCCCAGUCUUCGGGCUCCCGCUAUUUUGCAGAUGCAAGUGCUCCCAGAAGAUGAAACAGAGCGGGUUGAAGACGACUUCCUCGCCGUUUUCUCAGACAGCGAAAGAGGGACGAGCAGCGCCGUCCACACUGUGAGCCGACCAACCGACGACAGUCGGAAAAGCAGUCGAUCGUCCCGACUGCAGUCUGGAUCUACUACUUCCGAGGGGGAGGGGGAUUUUUGCUCUACGAAAAUAAAUUGGUCAAGCGAAGGCGAUCCGUCGUCGCCAUCGUCAACAAAAGUGGAGACGGGACUCGACCUCCGCGGUGCAACGACCCUGUGCGUUGCGCUUGCUGAAGCCCGUGGAACUGCUGUUUUGGCCGCGACAGGAGGACAACAAGGACCACAUGAAGCAGAGCCACCUUCGCCGAAAGGCAGGGAAACAUUGACGGCGGCCGAGUUUUUGAACACGCGCCGCAGUGCGAGCAAAGACCGCUCGGAAAUUCUUUGGAAGCCAUUGAGCGGCACUGCUACAGAGCAGUGGGGCGGAGAAGAAAAAACUGCUGCAGCGGCUCCAGCGGCCUCGGCAACAGUUGCCGACGGGACGAAAAUAGACAAGGGAGAGCUACUCUUUGCGCGGGGUACAACCACUCGGAGUAGCACCAGCCCGGGCGAUUUGCUUGCGAACAUGCUCUUGGCCAAACUUGGCAGUGAUCAGGACGGAGAGUUCAACGGCGAGAAAAAAGAGAAGACCAGCGCAGUACCCUUACCCACGUACGCAUCGCCGUCUUCAGCAGCAGGAGCUUCUGGUCAACUACGGCAAAGCCAC